AUGGAUGGGAUGCUGCUACCUGGCUAACAGUUUAUGUACCUGUAGUUGUAGUACUUGCAGUAUUUGUAGUGCGUGCCUGCCUGUCCUGCCUUAUCCUCUCUUAUCCUACCUCCAGGGCUAGUACUUAUCCAUUACUUCUUACCUCCCUAACUCCCUAACCCAUUCUAACCCUUCUAACCUUGCUGGUGCUACCGCUGUCAAUUGAGCAACGACCUUCCAACCUUUCCUCCUUCUCACAUUCUCCGUCUCUAAUCUCCUCCAUCUUCUUUCAUCAUCCAAACCACCAAAGGGACAACUCAUUCCAUAACUAAAUCAAGAGGAAUCUCCCAUCAAGCCUUUUGUCCUCGUUUUCUUUUUCUUUUUCUUGCAUAUUCGCUGAAUACCCCCGAGCAAAAAGGCCUUCUUUUUCUCUGCCCCUAAAUUUUCUUCGCCCUCUUCUCCAACCAUGGCUGAGAUCCGCCGAAAGCUGGUCAUCGUCGGUGACGGUGCCUGUGGUAAAACCUGCUUGUUAAUCGUCUUCUCCAAGGGAACUUUCCCUGAGGUCUACGUCCCCACUGUCUUCGAGAACUAUGUCGCCGAUGUCGAGGUUGAUGGCAAGCACGUCGAAUUAGCCUUAUGGGAUACGGCAGGUCAGGAAGACUACGACCGUCUCCGACCUUUGUCUUACCCUGACUCCCACGUCAUCCUAAUCUGCUUCGCUGUCGACUCCCCCGAUUCUCUCGACAACGUUCAGGAGAAGUGGAUUUCCGAAGUUCUUCACUUCUGCCAAGGCCUUCCCAUUAUUCUCGUUGGUUGCAAGAAGGAUUUGCGCUACGAUCCCAAGACCAUUGAGGAGCUACGUAAGACUAGUCAGAAGCCGGUUUCUCCUGAAGAGGGAGAGGAUAUUCGUAAGAAGAUCGGUGCCUAUAAGUACCUCGAAUGCUCGGCGAAGACAAAUGAAGGUGUGAGAGAGGUUUUCGAGCACGCUACUCGCGCUGCUCUCCUCUCACGCAACCGACAGAAGAAGCACUCUAAGUGCUUAGUCCUUUAAGAGCUUUACAAUACCUUUACGAAUACCUUCGACAUGUCGUCGUAAUCCAUCGUCGUCCUACUGGGUUCAUUUCGCGGACGAGAUACAUAGAUGACAAAGGGUUUUGGACGGACUGGAAGGGUUGGACCGCCUCUGCGUCAUAGUCUCGGCUGGAGUUUGAUUCGUCUCCUCGUAACUUGCUGCUUCGGCCGGCGUGCAACUCAGGUCAGCUUUCACGUGUCUCCCAUACUACAAACGGGGAGUGUAUUUGGCGACAGGGCAGCGGGUACCAUGGUACUUUGAAUUGCUACGGAUCGGGGAGAGAGGGGAUAGGCAAAUAUUGCUGCCGUUAGAGAGAUGUGUGUGGUGUGUGUGCGUGGUAUGUGUGUCAAGAUUGGCGAGACAACCCCAGAGAAUACGGCUAUAUCAUAAAUCUUUCUCCUUUUUUACUGCUCUUGAUAAUUCCCACGUCAGGCCAAACCGGGGGGAUGGACAUUUGUUGCGCAAGGGGGCUACUCUUUCUACCUGUCUUUUUUCCCAAUCAUACUCCUUACUAAUCCUCAGCCCCGUCUGGUUUCUUUCUUG